AUGCAAUUUCAAUUGAAAGACAAUACUCCAUCCAACCAUUUGGUUGGAAGUCUAUCGAGCGUGAAAAAUCUUGAAUACCCGCUUGCACGCGCUAUGCUUUCCCCCGACAGCCUGUUCAAACUCACCACCAAUGGGAAUUUAUUCACGCGCAAUGCACUGGACAGGGAUGAGAUUUGUGGUCAGUUUCGGUGUUGUGACUCUCCUGUGUGUCAUAUAGGAAUGGAGGCUUAUUUAUUUGAUUCGAAAUCGAUUCCCAUGGCUGUGAAUAUAGACGUUAUUAUUUCUGAUGAGAACGACAAUGCACCGUCAUUUCCUAUUUCAAAUAGUAGACUUCAAUCCACAUUAGAACAUGUAUGGGAGCUUUAUGUUUCCGAGUCAGCUCCUGUAGGGAGCAGAUAUCCACUUCUUAUGGCUAUUGAUCGCGAUUCCCCCAGUUAUGGUGUGCAGAAUUAUAAGCUUCUAUCAGCCAGAUCAGAGACUGAUAAUUUUAUAGUGUCGGGUUUGCCAUUCAGUCUGAUUGUGCCAACUCAUGUGUCCAACGGUAUAAAACAUUUGAAUGCCCCUGAACUUCAACUUGAUCGUGUUUUGGACAGAGAGACAAAAACUGUGUACGAGUUUGUGCUGGUUGCAGAAGAUGCUUCUCCCUUCAGCAGAAAUGCUAGUUUACCCAUUCGAGUUACUGUGCAAGACGUAAACGACAACGCUCCGGUAUUUCUUAAUUUGUCCUCGGAUGCUAUCCUGAAAAUUCCCGAGGAUAUUCCAACGGGGUCUGUGAUCCAUCAAUUUAGUGCCUCAGACCCGGACGAAGGUGUAAAUGGGGCGGUUAUCUUUUCCCUUGAGUGGUCUUCCUUUUACUCCUCUCAAAAUCAAUCCACCAUCCAUCGCCUUGGCUCUAAGUACGCCAUAAAUCCGAGAACUGGAGAAGUACGCGUUACCAUGCCCUUGGACUACGAGAAUGAUUUUGAGCGUCGGUUUGUGCUAACAGCAAAGGCUGUGGACCAAGGUUCGCCUAAACUCACGGCAAGUGCAAGUUUGACAGUCUGCCUCAUCGACGUGAAUGAUAACAGUCCAGAAAUUGAAGUGCUUGACGUCGAUGCAAGCACCGAAGAUAUAGGUAAAGGCGCUAGGGCGCAAGUUCUGCUUCACGAAAAUGAUCCGACCCCCAUGCUGCUUAAGAUGAUAUCCGUUUCGGAUUUAGACUCAGUCUCUAGCGGGCAGGUGUCUUGCAGACUCGCUGAUCAAUAUACGGGAGACUUUCGGCUGGUUUCCUAUUCCGAGACUAUGUACGGCUUGACAAAUGCCAGAUCAUUUGACUUUGAACGUGAAGUUAGCCAAACAGGACACUUGGCUGCCCGACUGGCUUGCUUCGAUAUGGCAGAUCCUCCACGAACUACGCAGCACUGGAUCCAGAUUCCGUUGGCUGACGUGAACGACAAUUGGCCUCAGUUUGUCCAAGCUAACUAUCGUAUACAUGUUUCCGAGGAUACGUCAGUGGACUCGGUCAUUGGACAGGUUAGUGCAUUCGAUGCAGAUUCAGGUUCGUGGGGCACAGUAACAUAUCAGCUGACUACAGACGAUGCUAAUUUGCUGAAAUACCUUAAAAUUGACUCGGAAACAGGCAUUAUCCGAACUAGCAGUAAGUUCGACCGUGAACUGCUAGAUAUCAUGGAGUACCACGUAACUGCCGGGGAUGGCGGAGAUGUAGCACUUCGUUCGCAUGGGGAAAUUGCAGGGCUCAAAUUUCCGCAUGACCGAAAGACCAACACCACCAGCUUGACGGUCAUAGUUCUAGACGUGAACGACAAUCCACCAGUUUACGCAGGACCAACUGAAAUACAUCUACAUGAAAAUGUACCAAGAGGAACUGAACUUAUAUUAUCUCCUGGCUUCCUGGAUCCCGAUUUAGGAGAAAACGGUACGGUGCACUUAACUAUAUUAGCUGUUUUCAUGCAGACAGCUGAAAAGCUCACUGCUUGGCACAGUCCUCCUUUCAAAAUACUUAAUUCAUCGCGUCUGUUAACUUGUGGGGAUAUUGACAGGGAGAGGCACCAGAGGAUAAUUGUGGCUCUUUUGGCAGAAGACCAGGGCAAUGCUUUACACUUAAGUUCAACCGUGAGUUUGACCGUUAUGGUGGAUGAUCUCAACGACAACGCACCGUAUCUGGUUCAUCCACAAAAUACCGAAUUGUUUCCACUUACGAUGAACUCUACAGUUGCUGUACCCCUGAAUAGUCCAGCGUAUACGCGCGUCAUCACUAUUCGUGCUAGUGAUGCGGAUGCAGGUGACAACGGCCGUGUCACUUAUCAGCUAUUAGGUGAAGAACGAACGGAUGAGAUAGAUGAAUCGAGAAAUGGAUUCCCGGAAAGAAUUGAACGGGAUUUCAUCAAAACAGAAUUCUUUGCUGGAUCUUCUCAUUUUUCCAUUGAUGAGUACACUGGUGAAGUGAUUACUCUUUGGGGAGAGGAAAGUGCGACCCUACUGGAUACAUUUGAUGCACAUAACAAUACGACGGGUAAACGUUUCCAAAGAUUACUCCUCCAACCGACGCCUAGUAUCGGUUUGUAUAUACUGCAUUUAAAACUCACGGAUUGUGGAACACCUGCGUUGAGCUCUCGUGCCACCAUAUAUUUGAAUGUUACCGAUGAUGCAGAGGACUCGUGGCUCCUCAGUUUGUUUGCAACUAACAGCAUGAGCAGCACAAUACUGCUAGUGUUUAUAGUGGCGUGUCUGAUAGUCUUGACUACAGGUAUUGUGGCAGCCAUUAUGUGGGUUCGACACCGGAAAGACGGAGCUGGAACUACAGGACAUCCUCUUUCCACAUACACUGGCCCCUCCGUCGGCUGCCAUAAUGCUAUCUCCAACGGCUAUUACUACCCUGUGAAUUGUUCGACGUCGGUCAGUUUGAAAGAUCUCGAUAAACAAAGAACAUGGACCGGUUUCUAUGAGGGUGCAUCAUACCCAUAUGAAGAUAAGUGUUAUACAGAACCCAGUAAUAAUCCCAAUAACUACAGUACGUUCACCCAAAAACGUCACCAUAGCAGUACUAUUGAUCCAGGAAUAAAUUGGUAUAAUAGUUCAGCCAUUGAAUUUAACAAACCGGAAGCCGAUGGACAGUAUAUUUUCCAAACGGCACACGAUCAUGCAGAACCAGAACAAUUUCUGCUGUCGGAACCUUACGCCUCGCAACCAGUCAUGGAUCUUCAACUUGUCCAAGACUUCUCAACACCAGGUGGAUGCGGCUGGAUAGAUAACUACCCGGCUGCCAACGAUAACGGUGGUGGGAGUGACAGUGGAGUGGAUUGCGGAAAUGACAUUGUCCGAACAUUCGUUGGACAAAUCUUGGAUGAACAGGUAUUGAACACGGAUGCCAUUCUGACCCCCUGCCAUGACCCAAAUUCUGCGUCCAGAGCAGCUCAAUACACAACACAAAACAGCAGCCACCUACCAGUCUUCAUAUAUAAUACGAACAAGCUUAUGCAGACUAUAUCUGGUCAGACUACAGAGAAGCCUUUACGUGGAAAAUACGUGCUCAAAUCAUAA